AUGCGACCUAUUGUGGACAAGCGCGUGGACGACUCGCCGGAGUACAACGUCGCGCGAGAUCGGUUUUUAGGGACGACGACUACUUCUGCGACGAAUGCAUCACCAACGCUUCGAAGGGAUGGAAUGUUGGGGGGGGCGGUUAAAAAACCGUUCGGGUUUGUGCAGUAUUACGGAGGAGAUAAAGAGAUGGUAUUCACGCCAAACUCUCCGAAUAAGAGCAGAUUAUCAUCAACGAUUCAGACGACAACGACUAAAAAUCAUUUACAUCAUCACCAUUAUCCGUUGAAGUGUUUGGACGCGAACGCGAUUUUGAUGGCCUCGCCUUCGUUGAAUAAGACGAACGCAACGAGUGGUGGUGAUAAUACGACGAGAAGAAAUAAUUCGAUGGUGUUCGGGCGAUACGACGAGAAAAGCGACACGAUGACGACCACGAACAAACGCGGUAAUAAUACUAACAAGAGAGACGACGACGACGACAGAGAAGAAGAUGAAAAGAACACGUUCACGCCAGAAAUAUCAUCGACGACGACGCAUGCGAAUACUCAAAAUCAAAGUAAGAUUCCGACGUCGCCGGUGCUUUCGUUACUUCGAACGAUGUUUAGCUCGUGGAACUAUCCGAACAACGGAACGACGGUUAUUGCUGCGGAGGAUAUUUUGUCGCCGGCGGCAGAUACUGCCAAGUUUGAGUGCGGGAGGACGCCGAAAAGUUCUCCGGUGGAUUUCAACGCGAGUUGUGAUGAUAACACGCACGAAACGGCGUUCGCAAACGCUCUGUUCAUCUCCGAGGCGUCGAAACGGUUGCAAAAGAUAUGCAACGAUCAACGCACUCGAGCACUGCUGGACGCCUCGGCGAGUGGAAUUUCGCCCGGAUCGAGUAGAAUUCUAAUCGAUGAACAAAUCUGCGGUGAUGGUGGUGGUGGUAGUAAUAGUAGCGACGACGACGACGAUGAAGACAACGGCAAAGAAGAAGAAGAAGAAGAAGUAGAGAGCGUUCAUCCUUCUCCAAAGAAGGAAGAAGUGAUAAUAGCAGUAGAACAAGAACGAGAGUAUUCGGAACCUACGCCAAUUACGCCGAUGUCGUCGACGUCGAUGCCCACGAGAGCUUUGUUUUCCUCCCCAGGAAAAGCCUCGUUAACUGACGACGACGACGAGGAGGAGGUAAAAAAGUUAGAAAUGACCACGGACGACGACGUCGACGACGACUACGACGACGAAAAAUAUAUGCUUUUCUAUGCAAAACUCAAAACUUCGAUUAAAAUCUCCGCGGAGAGAUACAUCCGAGCGGCGAAAAGAUGUUCCGGCGACAAAGUCGCUCGCGAAAAUUUCUGCUACAAACUCUGGCACCACGAGGCAUUUUCCGAGCUGUUCUUAUCGGCGACGUUUACUGCUUUGUGUGAACUCUCUUUGCGCUUGAGAAGCGCUAUUGUUUGGAACGCUGCAAACAACGGCAUCGAAGCUGUUGGCAUCGAGAGCGCGUAUUUCCUGAACUACUACGUCGACCAAAUCGGUAAAUGUCUCGGUACCGCCAUGACCACGGCGGCGUCUUCAACGUCGUCGUCGCACUCCACCUUCGUCACCACCAACGCGACGAUAGUAAGAAACUACGACGACAAGUUCAUCUACUCCUGCGUCGCCUACGCCAUCGCCUACGUCUUCGUCCACAGCCUCUUCUUCCUCUUUCGGGUUCAAAGUCCUCCUCGAAGCGACGACAAAAGUACUUUUCUUCAUUCUUCUUUGGAGCAAAAAAUCUCCCUCUUCCAACAGAAACUGAUUCAAAACUUCACCCCGGUAAAAAGAUUCAUGGAGAAAAAGAAAGCCAGGUGGGACUUAGUGCGCAAUAACGUGGAUGAAGAAGACAUAAAAGACGCGUAA